AACCGAACCAACCAAAUCCCUAUGGGGUCGGGUUGGGGUUUGGUCUAGGCUUGUCCGAUACUCCAGGUUUUGGGACACAGUUGCCAUUUAGGAAGAAAGGUUUAGCAAGCGGUGCUAUCUAGGGUUUUCCGCUCUCUCUCUCGGGCAGGCAGCAUAUAGGAUGGAUCCGUUUUCGGGGGCAACGAGCGGAGGGGCAACGCCGCAGAUGUCGACGGAGGACUUCAUGGACCAGCUCAAAACUCAGCUUGCCCAGGCUUACGCUGAGGAGUUCCUUGAGACUGUAAGAGGAAAGUGCUUUGAUAAGUGUAUCACCAAACCAGGAAGCAGCCUUGGUGGGAGCGAGAGUAGUUGCAUAUCUAGGUGUGUGGAUCGCUACAUUGAGGCCACCGGUAUCAUCAGCAGAGCUCUUUUUAGCUCCCAACGCUAAGACUCAGUGGAGAUAAGAAGAAUAUGGCAGCUGUGGAAUUAUCUCGUAGACUGUAAGGGGGAGGCUAAACAUUAUGUUUGGGAUUGCUAUGUUGUUACUAUUAUCCAUGGGGGAAAUAUAUGUUUCACUUUUGGGGGCCAAGUUUUGAACUUGGUAAUUAUGUAAACCUUGGAUCUUAGUGUUUUUUUGGAUUGAUGGGUUGAAUUCAUGUACGUGGACAACCAAUUAUCAACAGCCGUAUUUUUUAUUAGCAAUUUAUUCUGCCUUUGUUGCUAACAAGGCAUGUAUUCUGAGUCCUUGUCUAAUGUCUUCAACUUACGCCAAUUUACUUCUCAUCUUCUAAAGGUAACCUAAAUUCUUAUUUACUGA